AUGUCGAAGAUCACAGUCGCUAAUGUCCGGACGCAAGUCGCUGAGCUCUUGGAGUACUCCAACGAGACCAAGAAGCGCAACUUCCUCGAGACCGUCGAGCUCCAGAUCGGCCUGAAGAACUAUGACCCCCAGCGUGAUAAGCGUUUCUCUGGCACCAUCAAGCUGCCCGCCAUCCCCCGUCCCAACAUGGCCAUCUGCAUUCUCGGUGACCAGCACGAUAUCGAUCGUGCCAAGCACGGAGGUGUCGAUGCCAUGUCCGCUGAUGACUUGAAGAAGCUGAACAAGAACAAGAAGCUCAUCAAGAAGCUUGCCCGCAAGUACGAUGCCUUCGUCGCUUCCGAGGCUCUCAUCAAGCAGAUCCCCCGUCUCCUCGGACCCGGUCUGUCCAAGGCCGGCAAGUUCCCCACCCCCGUCUCUCACGCCGACGACCUGACUGCCCGAAUCAACGAUGUCAAGUCCACCAUCAAGUUCCAGCUGAAGAAGGUUCUCUGCAUGGGUGUCGCUGUCGGAAACGUCGAGAUGGCCCAGGAGCAGCUGAUUGGUAACAUCAUGCUUGCCAUCAACUACCUUGUCUCUCUUCUCAAGAAGGGCUGGCAGAACGUUGGUAGCCUGACCAUCAAGGCUACCAUGUCUCCCCCCAAGCGUCUGUACUAA